UUCUAGUCUCUCUAGAUCUGCUCCAAGAAACGAAAGAAAAACCUGUGCCUGAUUCGUGACCCCGAUUGUUUUUCAAUUUUGUGAUGGAACUUAGUUAUUAGAUUUACCAACUAAAGAACGAAGAAAGUGAUUUUUUUUUUUUUUUUUGUAGGAAUUGAUAGAUUUUAUACCAGAAUCCGCAAAAGAACAACAAAAUCUUCCUUAAACAUCUCCGUUAUUUUGUAGGAUAAGAUUUUUUUUUGGGUUUUUGAUUUGUGACAGAUCAUAUUGGUCCCGGCUAAUGCUGAAAUUGGGUGUGAAACCUGCGCCAAAAAUGGAUUCUGCGGAAUUAUCCAUGUUCUGUCGUUUCAGGCCUCUAAAUGAGGAUGAAAAAGCCACUGAGACUGUGAGAAAAGAGACAUCCACGGGUUCUUUCGUUGAAUUUGACUCGACUCGAGAAAACGAGUUUUCAGUGAAAUCAGGAAAUGCAUCUGAACACUUUGUGUUCGACAAAGUUUUCAAGGCAGUUGAUGAGCAAGAUGCUAUAUUUCAAAGAACAAAGCAUAUUGUCUCUUCUGUUUUCAAUGGUUACAAUGCGUGUGUCUUUGCAUAUGGACCGACGGGAUCUGGUAAAACCUUUACUUUAGAAGGAACCCAUGAGAAUCACGGUGUCUGCUAUAUGGCCCUUGAAGAAUUAUUUAGCCACCCUCAGAAAGCAGAGUUUGCUCUGUCCCUUACUCUCUUGGAAUUGAAUGACAAGGAGGAGGUAAGGGACCUCUUUGCUGAUAAGAAUUCAAAUCCCACUGAGGUGACCGAGGCACAAGUUCACAGCGUUGAUGAAGCUUGGGAUAAACUUACCAGUGGUUUUAGUGCUAGGAAUGCUACUGACAACUUCUCUCAUUGCUUAUUAGGAGUGACAACUGACAUCAGAGAUGAAUGUCAACCACCUUUGGUUAGUUGAUUUAGCUGGUAGCGAGAAAGGAGAAACAGAGACUGCAAUGAUGUCUCUCUCAGCACUCAAAGAAGUUAUCUCUGCUGUCUAUAGCAAAGAAAGGGAGGUUCCAUACAGUAACUCGAAACUUACCCACUUGCUCAAGGACACUCUGAGUGAAAAUUGCAAGACCUUAUUUUUUGUAAUGGUCAGUCCUGAUAACAUUGAGGAGACCAGACGCUCGUUGGCUUUUGCUAGCAGUAUUGGGAGAAUAAAUUUGGCCAGAUUCUCAUCUGAAAGUGUCUUUGCAAAUAUGCGCUUUCGCUAUGGGAAAAGACUAGGCAGCUUUAAGAUCGAUCCAUCAUUCAACCCAACAGCGCCUCAAAACCCAAUGGGGUACAUGUAUGAUGGAAUAGUAACAAUGGCCAGCCAGCGAUUGUUCCGAGGUAUGGAAUUUGCAGUAUACCAAUCGCCUUCUUUAGACCGCACAUGUGCCACAAUUGCUACGAAAACGCAAAAUGGGUUUGCGUGGGCUGCACUAAAAUGCAUCGGUGAAAGUUCAUCAUAUGGUGUCCGUAAAAGCUAUAACGGUGUUUCUGGAGCGUACGCAAUCGCUAGGAUUUGUAUUCCAAUUUCACUGGCUGGAUUGUGCGCUUUGGCGGAACACUUCUAUGGUGAGCAUAAGAAAAAGUCGGAGCAAAGCAUAAGUGAUGGGAAGUUGAAACAUGCUCUAGCUAAUGCUGAAAAGGAGAUUCACAAGAAGCUUGUAUCCCCUGUUUCUGUGGAGGUUGGGAAGCUAGAAGUUACAGUUGCCAAGGUGUCUGAAAGAUUAGCUACAGUGGAGAAAAUGGUGAGGUCGGCUUUGAAAGGGAAAGACUGAGAAUGAAGACUAAUCUUUUCUUAGGUUUAUUUUUCAAAGUUUUCGGACUUUUGGUUUUGAUAUAAUGUUUCUGUAGACUUUGUUUUGGUAUGAGACACGUUAUCCGAAGAGGAGUAGUUCAAAAGAGUUUGACGACAUGUGUA